UAAUGACCUUUCGUCUCGAUGUCUGUGAACAGUCUCCGUAAAUCGAGUGCCCUUGGCGCGAAGGAUGUGCGUCGUCAUGCAGUCCGGAUUGCACGCAGAAAGGAGCAUUCUUUUUAGAUAAACAUGUCAUCAAAUGACUUAUGAUCGCAGGCAUGGUUUCCGCCGACAUCGAGCAGGCGUCAUGUCCGUAUGUGGUACCAAGCAGCAAGCCGGUACUGAGAAAAAAUGCCGAAUUUUCAAAGCCGCGAGCCUCAAAUCUUGUACUCGGAAGGUUUGCUACAUCGAAACGAUAAAUGCGAAUUCUGUGCGAAUCCCACGGAAUCUUUCAAGGAUUGCGUUUCAGCGACGGAAUCGUUCCUACAGUAUGGGUACGGGUCGCUCAGAGAUGUGUCCUCUUGCUGCGAGACACACGAUUGUGAUCAGUAACGGGGAUAGACAGCGGCGUAAGCAAGUGCACGCCAAAACAGUAAACGAUUGUCGUUGCUCGCUUGAAGCUGGAAACUUCGGUGUGCCCGGGAUCCGGGUGGCAUGUUCCUGCCACUUGCCGCUCGGCGCUCAUGAGGUGUCAGAGCCCCCACGUAGCCGGAGUACACUCCAAUGGUCUCCCUACAGUCAGAAAGAAUACUCAUCUAGGAAGAUUUGUUCAGGCAUAAGACCAGAAGUUCGCGGCAGGCAGCAUACCUGGAAUCCUAGAGCCUCCCUCCAUGCUAAGACCACACCAUAUGGACCAUGAUUAUGUUAUAGAAGGAGCUGGCUCCGCGUAAAUAUAAAAUCGCGUGGCUGAGGAAAGUCCUUGCUUUAGACGCGCCCC